AUGGUCACAGCAACGAAGACACAGUCGGCGCAAGCCAAUGGCGGGCCAAAGAAACCCGCGACUCCUCGUGCGCCAGUACGAAAGCCUGCUGCCAGUAAAGCUGGCGGCGGAGCCAAGUCCACAUAUGGCAAGGCAGCACCAGUACACAACAAAGCUGCAUCCGUAGCAGGUGGUGAGAACUCGGCAGGAGGCGUGACGUCCGCAUAUGCCAUUAUGGCGAACCGAAUCGCGAACAGAGUCGCCGAGAUGGCGGAGAGCAUCACAUUCGUCGAGAGGGCUAAGCCAAACGAGCCACAACAACAGCAACAGCCAAUGACACCAGAAGACAAAAAGAAGCCACGAAAGCUGGAGAUGCGUCUCAAUGGCGGGUCUGCCGACUCAAUUGCCUUUUCUGCACCUUUCCUUGACAACACAUUGCAGAAGAUGUUGCAGCUACAAAACCGGAUGCUCAAAUCUUCCGCGGAGCUCAGCAGUAUGGAGGGUGCCGACGAGAAGAUCAUCAAGGAGCACGCAUCUCAGAGUGCCGAGCUCAGCAGAAUCAUUGCAUUGAUCUGUGCUGAGAAGGCCAGGCAAGGUGCUUAG